AUGAAGAAAGACACUGUGGAAGUGGCCGGGUACACCACCCUUCCACUGCAACUCCCCUCCACACAAACCAUCAAAACACCUGCAACACACUACCUCUACCUCCGCCCCCACGAACCCAGAGUCCCGGACCCAGACUCGUCUCGCUGCCUCUUCAUCGUCAACGUCCCAAUCGACACAACAGAAGCCCACAUCCGCCACCUGUUCGGCACCCAGCUUUCCGCCGGCCGCGUUGAGCGCGUCUCCUUCGAAGAUGUCCCCGUGAAGAAACGCGGCGUCCCAGCCGCUACGGAAGGUAACCUGGCCCACCGCAAUAAAAAACGAAAGCGCGUCACCGCCGACGACCUCCAGUCCCAGUUGGACGAUAUCUGGCUCCCCUCCACCUGGGACAGACAGCUCCAGAAGAGCGGCGCCCACGCUAUCGUUUUCUUCGCCGAUAAACCCUCCAUGGAAUCAAGUCUGAAAGCCGCCUCCAAGGCUGCUAGAAAGGGCACAACCAUCGUCUGGGGCGAAGGUCUCCCUUCAGACCGUGUCCCGGCCCUCGGGUUGCCCCGGUACAUGGCGCACGAGCGCAUGCGGUAUCCGGACCGCGCAACGAUGCUGCGAACCGUCAACGACUUUAUGACUGUCUUCACGCAAGUUGCUGAGGCGCGGAAGCGUGAGGAGACUAAGCGGUUGGCUGAGCCAGAUGAGGACGGUUUCGUUACUGUCGUGCAUGGGCCGAAGCUUAACUCUGUUGCUCGUGAGGAUGAGAUGAACGAGUUGGUUGAGAGGCAGAAGAAGAAGGCGGAGGGCUUGGAGGACUUCUAUCGCUUCCAGUCUAGGGAGAAGAGGAAGGAGAGGCAGAACCAGUUGCUUAGACGCUUUGAUGAGGAUAAGAGGAAGUUGCGGGAUAUGAAGAAUCGGAGGGGCAAGAUUCGCCCGGAGUGA